AUGUCUGAGGUGAGGAUGAUGGAGAUGUGAUAAAGAGGAUGCAUUGAGGACUUCCUGUUUCAAUUUUUCCUGCAUUUGUAGCCAAUCAGGUCCACUGAAAACCUCAGGUACCCUAUCUACAGUGAGGGAAAAAAGUAUUUGAUCCCCUGCUGAUUUCGUACGUUUGCCCACUGACAAAGACAUGAUCAGUCUAUAAUUUUAAUGGUAGGUGUAUUUGAACAGUGAGAGACAGAAUAACAACAAAAAAAUGCAGAAAAACGCAUGUCAAAAAUGUUAUAAAUUGAUUUGCAUUUUAAUGAGGGAAAUAAGUAUUUGACCACCUCUCAAUCAGAAAGAUUUCUGGCUCCCAGGUGUCUUGUUUGGAGGUUUGUUAACACAGUGUCCAAUGAAGGGCCAGAUGUAUACAAAAUUGUGUCGUCUGCGUAGAGGUGGAUCUGAGAGUCACCAGCAGCAAGAGCAACAUCAUUGAUAUACACAGAGAAAAGAGUCUGCCCAAGAAUUGAAUCUUGUGGCACCCCCAUAGAGACUGCCAUAGGUCCAGACAACAGGCCCUCCGAUUUGACACAUUGAACUCUAUCUGAGAAGUAGUUGGUGAACCAGGCGAGGCAGUCAUUUCAGAAACCAAGGCUAUUUAGUCUGCCAAUAAGAAUGCGGUGGUUGACAGAGUCAAAAGCCUUGGCCAGGUCUGCACAGUACUGUCUAUUAUCGAUCGCGGUUAUAAUAUCGUUUAGGACCUUGAGUGUGGCUGAGGUGCACCCAAGCAAAAUGCUUGUUGAAAUUCUCGAUUAUUGUAGAUUUAUCGGUGGUGAUAGUGUUUCCUAGCCUCAGUGCAGUGGGCAGCUGGGAGGAGGUGCUCUUAUUCUCCAUGGACUUUACAGUGUCCCAAAACAUUUUGGAGUUAGUGCUACAGGAUGCAAUUUUCUGUUUGAAAAAGCUAGCCUUUGCUUUCCUAACUGCUUGCGUAUAUUGGUUCCUCACUUCCCUGUAAAGUUGCAUAUCGCGGGGGCUAUUCGAUGCUAAUGCAGUACACCACAGGAUGUUUUUGUGCUGGCCAAGGGCAGUCAAGUCUGAGGAGAACCAGGGGCUAUAUCUGUUCUUAGUUCUGAAUUCUUUGAAUGGGGCAUGCUUAUUUAAGAUUGAGAGGAAAGCACUUUUAAAGAACAACCAGGCAUCCUCUACUGACGGAAUUAGAUCGAUAUCCAUCCAGGAUACCUGGGCCAGGUCAAUUAGGAAGGCCUGCUCGCUAAAGUGUUUUAGGGAGCGUUUGACAGUGAUGAGGGGUGGUCGUUUGACCGCGGACCCGUUACGGACGCAGGCAAUAAGGCAGUGAGGUGUAUUUAGAGGGUAAGUUAGUCAGGAUGAUAUCUAUGAGGGUGCCCAUGUUUACGGAUUUAGGGUUGUACCUGGUAGGUUCCUUGAUAAUUUGUGUGAGAUUGAGGGCAUCUAGUUUGGAUUGUAGGAUGGCCGGGGUGUUAAGCAUAUCCCGGUUUAGGUCACCAAGCAGUACGGACUCCGAGGAUAGAUGAGGGGGCAAUCAAUUCACAUAUGGUGUCCAGGGCACAACUGGGGGCUGAGGGGGGUCUGUAGCAAGUGGCAACAGUGAGAGACUUAUUUCUGGAAAGGUGGAUUUUUAGAAGUAGGAGCUCAAACUGUUUGGGCACAGACCUGGAUAGUAUGAUAGAGCUCUACAGUAGAUUGCAACUCCACCUCCUUUGGCAGUUCUAUCUAGAUGGAAAAUGUUGUAGUUGGGGAUGGACAUUUCUUAAUUUUUGGUGGCCUUCCUAACCCAGGAUUCAGACACUGCUAGAACAUCAGGGUUGGCGGAGAAUGCUAACGCAGUGAAUAACUCAAACCUAGGAAGGAGGCUUCUGAUGUUAACGUGCAGAAAUCCAAGGCUUUUACGGUUACAGAAGUCAACAAUUGAUAGCUCCUGGGAGUAGGAGUGAUACUGGGGGCUGCAGGGCCUGGGUUAGCCUCUACAUCACCAGAGGAACAGAGGAGGACUGGAAUAAGGAUACGGCUAAAGGCUUUAAGAACUGGUCUUCUAGUGCGUUGGGUACAGAGAAUAAAGGGGGCAGAUUUCCGGACGUUGUAGAAUAGAUUCAGGGCAUUAUGUACAGACAAGGAUAUGGAAGGAUAUGAGUACAGUGGAGGUAAACCUAAGCGUUGGUUAACAAUGAAAGAGAUAGCAUCACUGGAGGCACCGAUUGAGCCGGUCUCCGCGUGUAUGGGGGGUGGAACAAAGGAACUAUUUGAGGCAGUUUGAGAGGGACUUGGGGCUCUACAGUGAAAUUGUAUAAUAAGAACUAACUGGAACAGCAAUAGGCAAGGCAUAUUGACAUGGGAGAAAGGCAUAAAGCAAUCACCGGUUAUUAGAGAGAGCUAAGACAACAACUGGUAAUGGCAAGGAAAGUUUGGGCUGAGGCUAAACAGAUAAACAGGACAGCGUACCGUGUAAAGGAACAGUCCAGCAGGCAUCAGCUGUGCAGCUGAGUGAUCAUAAGGUCCAGUGAACAGCAAUAUGUGAGUCCGAGAGCAGUUCGAAUUGGUGCUACAGCACAGCGAGCAGGAAGCACGGCUGUUGUUUGCGUGUGCUAGCGGGCCGGGGCUAGCAGAUGGAUCUUCGUGGUCGUCGCAACGGGAAGCCUGUUGAAACCACAGACGAUUACGUCGGCAGACCAGUCGUGAUGGAUCAGCGGGGCUCCGUGUCGACUCUAGGAGGUCCCGUCCGGUUGACAGAGAGGUAGAUAGCCGGGAAAUGUGCCUGACUCGAGGCUAGCUCAAGGCUGAUUAGCCAACAACAACAUCCAUUUGGUUGCAGCUAGCUAGUUGCGAUGAUUCGAUGUUAAAGGUCCAGUGAUUCAGUGAUUCCGGCAGAAAAUCCGAUAUGUUCUGUGCAGACAGUGCAGACUGGCCGAUAAUAGUCCAGGCUAGAGCUGGCUGGUAGGUAGUGCAGACCACGGACAAUGGUGAAAAACCGCUAACGGUGGCUAAUAGCAAGUAGCUAGUUAGCUGGCUACUCCCGUCCGGUAGACAGAGAGGUAGAUAGCCGGGAUAUGGGCCUGGCUCGAGGCUAGCUCAAGGCUAACUGGUGCUUGAUUCAGGGGCAGUGGUGAUUAGCCUACAGCAACAUCCAUUCGGUUGCGGCUAGCUAGUUGCGAUCCGGUGUUAAAGUCCAGUGAUUCAGUUAUUCCGGCAGAAAAUCUGAUGUUCUGGGUGAAAACCGCUAACGGUGGCUAAUAGCAAGUAGCUAGUUAGCUGGCUAGCUAGUUUCAACUGGAGAUUCUAGAUAAAGGUGAGUAAAUAAUAGAAUCCAUUCCACAUUGAGUGAGGCGGGUUGCAGGAAAGUAUAUUUAGUAGAAGGAUGAAAAGUGUGAUAGGGAGAUAUAUACGUAAAAUACAAACAAAUACAAAAAAACUGGCUAUUUACACGGACACACAACAGAGAACACGACCGCACUGCUACGCCAUCUUGGAACUAAUAAAGUGUCCCAGUCUCAUUCCCCAAACUGGACAGGCUUUAGGAUCAUGCAGUCUGUGGCCAAACAAGCAAAAUUAAUGGUUCCUUUGAGAGAAGUGGUAGUGGAAGGAUAGUACAGGGUCUCUCACAUUCACACACAGACUUUACUACAAGCUGGGGAAAUGUAUGGUGAAGAACAUCUACAGCAUUUAUUUCGACUAGGCUAAAUGGAGUAAUGGUAAAUGUUUUCUUUUACCAUGACUAAAAUAUAUGUAUUUGUCAGUCAUUUGUUAAAAUGUAAAGCUUAUUUUGACAAAUUAUAGAUUUGGACAAAUAUAGACUGCUCCAGUCUGUGAAAUUAUUGUCAGUGUUGCUGACUGUGUUUUGUUUGAAAUGGAACGACUGACAUCUGUGUUUGAUCCUGAACCCACUCUUCCUCAUCCGUGCUUCUCCUCUCGAUCGGAAUUCUCACAUUCUCGUGUAAUAAUUUGGCACACAGGACCCUGCUGUGGGUUUCUGACAAUUUACCUGUGUUUCAUAGGUGCGGGUAUAAAGAGACGUUCUCCUCCAUGCCCAUACUCGGAGCGAGCGGAUGGGCGAGGUCACCUGCCUGCUGAAGCCACCUGAUUAAAAGCUCAUUUAUCUAAUUUAACCAACACCCAGAAAGCACACAUUUGAACAAGAGAGAAGUGUGCCCUCUACGCAUAAACGGAUUACUUUUUACUGUUGGUGGAACGACUAUCCAGAAAUUAUUCAAAACAAAUGGGGGCCUUUUGGUUCGUGGAGUUGGGCAUAUUCAUAUUAUUUCUCCAGGUAAGAUUAUUUUUGUUUCUACUCUGAAAGUAACGCGCAAUGUAGGCUACGCCAUUUACCUGGGAAUACGUUGGCUACAGUCUGAACCAGUAUCUGUGCUUAGAGAUCUCUCUAACACACAUAUACUGGUUAAGCUACAGCCCUUCUUUAAAAACUUGUUUAUGAUUUAACUUUUCAUUAUUCAUCGGGUACAUUUGUUUUAGUCAGCGUUGCGUUGGUCGGUUAUUUGUUUAAUUACCAGGUUAACGUACCCGGAAACGUUUUUUUUUUUUUUUACACACCCGGUUAUUUUAUUAUUAUUUUGAGCUUCUUUUAUCCAAACAUAUACUACAUUUCACAAUAGGGUGCUGUGUUAUUUGUAGAAGAUCAACAAUAGUAGUGAGUGGUAAUUAUGAUAGCAUUUCUAUGGUAAUCUGGGUUAUAUUUAUUUUGUGGUAAUCUGGGUUAUAUUUAUUUUGUGGUAAUCUGGGUUAUAUUUCUUUUGUAACCUUGUGCAGUUGAUUAUAAAUAAUACAACUGACCUUUAUUUUAUUUUUUCCUUUUGUAAGGCUUUCAAGCCAGGGGCGUCGGAGGAGUCAAAAUGUCUACCAGGUUUCAAUUCAGAAAUGUACAUUUUCAAAGUGGAAAGAAAUCACUUACAAAGUGGCCGGAGACUAGGAAAAGGUAAGAACUAACUAGUGGUAGCUUUCUUCUUCAGUGGGGUUUAUCGGCGGUUGGCAUCCAACGUUAUGGUGCAUUACCGCCACUGUACUGGAGUGGAGUGUGGGCCAGAGACAGGGAGAAACUAAAUCCUACCUGCCAGCCCAGUUGCUCUUAAAAAAGAUAACACAAUAUUUGAGACUAUAUCUAAUGACGUUCUACUCAAUAUACUCUUUAAACUAAUUUCCUGUAUCCCCUUCUCCCUCAUACUAGAUCUCAUCCUCUCUCUUUCCCUCUGAUACUGCCCACACUGUAGCAAUACAUGCUCCACGGUGUCUGUUUCCUGACAAUAAUCACACUUUCCUGUUGGAUGCUUUCCUAUCACAUUUAAUGUCUUAUUCAAUUGGCUGGGUCCCACCCUUACUCUUGUAAAAAUAGCCUCCUCUCUUCUGUCCCUUCCUGCUGUCCUCCCCGACUUUCCUCUGUACUUGAAAUAAAUGCCUUCUUCUCUAUUCUACUGCGCCUGCCAUCUCUGCACCAUCACUGUAUAUAUCAGUCUUUUUGCCUCUGCCUUGCUCAUUGAAACUUCAACAUCAACAUCCCCACUACUAAGUGCUUGUUUAGCCAGUUCAUUUACUGCCUCGAUCCCCUCCACCCCAACAUGGGAUGGGACCCAUGUAAAUCUUAUCUGAAUACCCAUCUGUUUAAUCCUGCUAUGGGUUUGUAGCACCUCAUAAAGCAGGUCUUAUCUGCUAUGUGAGCUAAUUAACACUGCACAUGAAUCAGAGCAAAUAACUACUGUCUUGUUUGACUUACUCCACCCACUGCAAGGCCAACAGUAUGGCCAUCAGCUCCGCCAUAUAUACAGACAGAUGAUCUGUAAUACGUUUCCUGACUUCCACCCCACAUUCCUGCACUACAAAUGCUGACCCAGUAUGUCCUGUCCUUGGAUCUUUUGAACCAUCUGUGUAAAUGGCCACAAAAUCCUGAUACACAGUAUCCAGACGUCUCUUAAACAAAUCAGAUGGAUCAACACCCUCCCUAUUUGAAAUGUCAUCCAACUCAAAAUUCCAACUCGGGAACUCAGGCCUCUUUCAAGAGCUCCAACUUUUCAACCUGAAGAUCACCGACGUCAUGAUUUGACCUUUUAUUCUUCCGAGCCCCAGUUGUUUUGAAUGCUGCAUAAGGCCUAAGAUUUUUGAAAUGAGUGUCAUCACUUCAGAUUACAUUGUAGUUUCAUUCAUAGCAGACAGUGUUCUGCUUUGAAUAUUUCAGUACACAUAGAGAUUUUUAAAAAAUACAUUAUUCAAUUUGUCAGAAAAGUGGUUCAAUUGGAAGUAUUUUGUGUUUCAAGAUUUGUUCCGUCUCCCCAGACAGCCUUCGUGAUUCCUAAUCAAACUGUGCAUAUCUCUGUACAUUGUACAGGCAAGCCACUGAGCACACUUCGUUUUUAGAUACUUGCAGGUCUUGCUAUGAUUGUGGGCCUUGUGUCUUUGGCUUCUCUAUGAACUUACACUGUGAUUCACAAAAAUAAUUUAGAGCUAUAAGGUGAGUGAACUUGCUGACAGCAAUUUAUGUUCCAUUUGGUGUGUCCAAGGUUGUCAGCCGUUGUUUAACGGCACAACAGAUGAUGAAACACAAGGCUGGCUAGUUUCACAAGGCUGCUUUGUUUCUAAGUAAAUCAUUGACUCAUGUCUCUGGGACCUCCAGUAACUCCCUUUGAUAGGACUUUGUAACUGUUUGUUGAGGUGCGGCUGGCAAGAUGACCCUGUACAUUACUUGGCAAAUAUGGCAUGGCACUGGCCUUCCCCUGUUUUCUCAGUCUUAGUUUAUUUACAAUAGCAUUGUGGUGUUUUGUCUGUCCAGCAUUGGUGCUAAUGGAGGCUCUUUUUUUUUUUUGGGACUGCAUGGCCAUGCACGUCUCAACCCAAUCAUAGAGUUUGCAGACGACACAACAGUGUUAGGCCUGAUUUACCAACAACGACGAGACAGCCACUUGUAAAACAAAUGACAGAUGGCCUGAUUCUUUAUUGUUGAUCUGGAUUUGAGCUUUACCACCUACAGCUUUCUUUAAUUUAUUGAAAACAUUGGUGACGACCGCCAUCUUGCCUAAAGAGUGGUAGUCGCUGUACCUUUUACCUACCUGAUUCUCUAGUACUUAACUAUCAAUAGAAUGAGCAGAAAGCAGAAGUAGGUACUGUGGCAUACAUCCAAUUCAGUUUUACUAAUGAAAACCACACUUCCAUAUCUUUCUCAACCACACAUUUCUCGUUUUGUGUGUCAUUACAGAAUUUCUGCAUAACAUUUAGCCAGUUCAUUAGGCUGGAAAGAGGUUUAUUGAUUUUGGGUUUCUAAACGGCAACUUUUAUUGGGCAGUCUAGGCCUAAGUGAAAGAACUACAGAAAGAUGGGGGGGGGGGGGGCAGAAUUGUAGGUCAUUUAAAAAUAUAAAUAAUACUCAAUCAACUUAUUUUGUAAAAUAAUAAGGGCAUAAUGAGACACUAAUACCUGAGUGAUUCAGACCUCUUUGUAGAGCUAGGCCUAUGCCUCAGGAUGUUUAGAGUAGUAAUGUGAAGCCAGAGGUUGCUGCCCACCUGUCCUUGAGUCUUAACCCAGGAUAACCCUGCAUAAUGUCUUGCGAUUAGGCCUAGGUUUUUAAGAAGGUCAUUUGCUGCUUUGUUACUAUGACCAAUAUUCCAUUUAUACAGUGAGGGAAAAAAGUAUUUGAUCCCCUGCUGAUUUUGUACGUUUGCCCACUGACAAAGAAAUGAUCAGUCUAUAAUUUAAUGGUAGGUUUAUUUGAACAGUGAGAGACAGAAUAACAACAAAAAAAUCCAGAAAAACGCAUGUCAAAAAUGUUAUUAAUUGAUUUGCAUUUUAAUGAGGGAAAUAAGUAUUUGACCCCCACUCAAUCAGAAAGAUUUCUGGCUCCCAGGUGUCUUUUAUACAGGUAACGAGCUGAGAUUAGGAGCACACUCUCAGAUUCCAAACUCUCCACCAUGGCCAAGACCAAAGAGCUCUCCAAGGAUGUCAGGGACAAGAUUGUAGACCUACACAAGGCUGGAAUGGGCUACAAGACCAUCUCCAAGCAGCUUGGUGAGAAGGUGACAACAGUUGGUGCGAUUAUUCGCAAAUGGAAGAAACACAAAAGAACUGUCAAUCUCCCUCGGCCUGGGGCUUCAUGCAAGAUCUCACCUUGUGGAGUGAGGAAUCAGCCCAGAACUAGACGGGAGGAUCUUGUCAAUGAUCUCAAGGCAACUGGGACCAUAGUCACCAAGAAAACAAUUGGUAACACACUACGCCGUGAAAGGACUGAAAUCCUGCAGCGCCCGCAAGGUCCCCCUGCUCAAGAAAGCACAUAUACAUGCCCGUCUGAAGUUUGCCAAUGAACAUCUGAAUGAUUCAGAGGAGAACUGGGUGAAAGUGUUGUGGUCAGAUGAGACCAAAAUGGAGCUCUUUGGCAUCAACUCAACUCGCCUUGUUUGGAGGAGGAGGAAUGCUGCCUAUGACCCCAAGAACACCAUCCCCACCGUCAAACAUGGAGGUGGAAACAUUAUGCUUUGGGGGUGUUUUUCUGCAAAGGGGACAGGACAACUUCACCGCAUCAAAGGGACGAUGGACGGGCCAUGUACUGUCAAAUCUUGGGUGAGCACUUCCUUCCCUCAGAAAGGGCAUUGAAAAUGGGUCGUGGAUGGGUAUUCCAACAUGACAAUGACCCAAAACACACGGCCAAGGCAACAAAGAAGUAUCUCAAGAAGAAGCACAUUAAGGUCCUGGAGUGGCCUAGCCAGUCUCCAGACCUUAAUCCCAUAGAAAAUCUGUGGAGGGAGCUGAAGGUUCGAGUUGCCAAACGUCAGCCUCGAAACCUUAAUGACUUGGAGAAGAUCUGUAAAGAGGAGUGGGACAAAAUCCCUCCUGAGAUGUGUGCAAACCUGGUGGCCAACUACAAGAAAUGUCUGACCUCUGUGAUUGCCAACAAGGGUUUUGCCACCAAGUACUAAGUCAUGUUUUGCAGAAGGGUCAAAUACAUAUUUCCCUCAUUAAAAUGCAAAUCAAUUCAUAACAUUUUUGACAUGCGUUUUUCUGGAUUUUUUUGUUGUUAUUCUGUCUCUCAUUGUUCAAAUAAACCUACCAUUAAAAUUAUAGACUGAUCAUUUCUUUGUCAGUGGGCAAACGUACAAAAUCAGCAGGGGAACAAAUACUUUUUUCCCUCACUGUACAUUUACCGAGUGAGUUUGUGGUGGCUCUAAUCAGUUUCUCUCUAGAAAGCACUGAUGAAAUAGGGCUCUUGUGUUAUUAAUUUGAGGUUAAUGCGACAGUGCUUUCAAUCUGCUCCUGUUGUUGAAGUGCUUUUAAUGGUUACUUUUUAGGCCCACAUAUGUAUUAUGGUUGUGAAAUAUUUUUAAAAGGAAAUCCUCUGACCACCUUUCUCUGUAUGACCUUGAAGUGGUUUUUGAUGACUGCACCAGCCGCACCAGCUUUCUCUUUCACUCCGAGGAUUCACGCUUCAAAGUAGAUGGCGACGGGACGCUGAAACUGAAGAGGGGGGUGACUCUACAUAAUGGACAUGAGGAGUUCUAUGUCUCUACCCACUCCAAGGGCAAGAAGAUCACGGUUCCAGUCAGAGUGCUGCAUGAGGCCAGACACGGCCACCACCACAAUCACCAUCACCAUGAGAUGACAACCCAGCCCCAGGUAUACGACUGGUCAAAUUAAUAAGACAAUGCUGUCCUCUAGGGGAUAGAUGGGCAACUACAUCUCCCUGGAAGUGUUUCAAUUACUUGUAUAGCUGGAAAUAUUCUGUCAUUGAAACUGAUUUUUUUUUCUCAGGUCAAUUGAUGACGUUUGAUGGCAGUUUUUGUAAAAUGCUCUUUCUGUGUGUGUGUGUGUGUGUGUGUGUGUAUAGACUUGAUAUUUCAUGGUUUUUGUUUGAAUUCCACAGCCUGGAGCAAGUCUGUCUCUACCAGUUCUGAACUUCCCCAAGUCUUCAGGAGGUCUGAAAAGAAGGAAGAGGGACUGGGUCAUUCCUCCCAUCAACUUCCCAGAGAAUGACCGAGGCCCCUUCCCCAAGGAUAUGGUGCAGGUAAGUGUCUUGUAGGUUAAGGAUCGUUUUUUCCAUUACUCUAAUAUCAGUGUCAGUGUUGCACAUUUCUUCAUUGACAUGUGAAUAUUAUUAUCCUUGUAAACCAGAUCAGGUCCAACAAUGAUAAAGAGGUGAAGAUCCAGUACAGCAUCACUGGCCCUGGGGCAGACCAACCUCCUGUGGGACUCUUCACUGUGGACAAAAACUCUGGGGUUCUCUAUGUGACCCAGCCUUUGGACAGGGAGAAACAAGACAAAUACAUUGUACGGUUUGUGUAUCCUAAUUUUCUUCCCUUAACUUAAUUAAACUGAUAUGUAGUUGAAACUACAGUUUUUCGCUACUUUUCUCUCUAGCUCCUAGCCCAUGCUGUUGCAGUGGGUGCAGGUAUAGCUGAGGAGCCCUUGGAGAUCAUUGUGAAAGUCAUCGAUAUGAAUGACAACAAACCUGUAUUUACCCAAGAUCCAUUUACGGGAACAGUUCCUGAGGCAUCAAAACCAGGUAUGUUGUUCACACACGCUCACUAUUUACAAUACUUAAUAAUGUGAUAUUCUUUAAGGAAAUUUAUGCUAGAACGAUUUUGCUUUAAUUUAUUUCACUGUUCAGGUGACGAGGUCAUGAACGUAACGGCCACUGAUGCUGAUGAGAAGGGCUCUGCCAAUUCUGAUGUCAGAUACACCAUUAUCAAACAGGACCCUCUACUACCAAGCCCCAACAUGUUUGUCAUCAACCCUGUGACCGGAUGGAUUCGGGUUAACGCACCUGGGUUGGACAGAGAGGUUGGUCUCUUUUCUAAUCAAUAGUCUUGUCGAUCAUUUAUUCGUUGUGUACAUUCUACUUGCGUGACAUUUGUGACCCUGACUUAAUUUACUACUUAAUUUGUUUCAGAAAAUUCCCAAAUAUACUUUGGAAAUCCAAGCCGCCGAUAUGGAAGGAAAUGGCCUUACCAGCUUUAGCAAAGCCAUCAUUACAGUGACGGACAGCAAUGACAACGCGCCACAGUUUGUGACGCCUUUGGUAAGCACAUUUCUGAAGACAUUUCAAAUUGAAGCCUUACCACUGUUGUAACACAUAAUGAAAUUGCCCUUUCGUUUUUGCUUUAUAAUCAUGCUUCUCUCCUUUGCAGUACACCGUGUCAGUCCCAGAGAAUAAAGUGGAUGCCUUGGUGGUGAAAAUGCCAGUGACUGAUGGAGAUGAGCCUCACUCCUCUGCCUGGGCCACCACCUACAAGAUAGUUGACGGGGACCCUCAAGGCCUUUUCAGUGUGAGCACAGGCCCUAGCAAGCUGGAGGGCAUCAUUACGACAGCCAAGGUAUGUUGAAAUCCUCUCCUAUAGAUAUAAUUGAGCUGCUACUCUGGGGGCGUAGCAAAAGCAACCUGUCAAUGUAGCGUUUUAGCUGCUACUCUGGAAUGAUUUCCUGGAGGAAGCAACUUGCACUCCCCUUCGUAUUUAUUUGGACAGUGACGCUAAAACGUUUUCAUUUGGCUCUGUUCUCUAGCAUUUUUUUUAUUUGAGAUCCAAUGUUUUAUAUGAGGCAACAUUACAUAAUGUCACCUUUUUUAUUUGAGGGUAUUUUCAUACAUAUGUUUUAACGUUUAGUAAUGAAAGUACUUUAUGUAUCUAGUCCCCCCAUUUUGAAGGUGCCGUGAGUAUUUGGACAAAUUCACUAAUGGCGUAUUGAAGUAGUCAAAAGUUUAGUAUUUUGGUCCCAUAUUCCUAGCACGCAAUGACUACAUCAACUUUAACUACUUUCUUUUCGUUGUUUGAUUGUUGUGCCCAAUAGACCCUUUUCCAGUACACGACACACUAACGUCAUGCACAGUUGAGCGCGACUCUUGGCAGCAGUAAGAAAGCCAUCGCCAUCUGCGCCCAUUCAACACAGCCUAGAUUUCCGUUUUUAUUACUUCUAAACAAAAUCACUUUUGGGGGUUCUCAUGCUUAAAAUUAUGUUUUGAUUCUUGCUUGAACAGUCGCUAGGGUUAUAUUUGGUGAUGGUCUUUGCAAAAUACCUAUUUUGGAUGCCGCAAUUGUUAGCUAGAAUGCUAACGCUCAUUGAUAUAGGCUGUAGCAAAACCUAGACAGAGCCAUUUUACUUUUUGAAGUUCAAGCGUUUAAAGUAUAAUGCAGUUGAUUUGCGAUAAUGACACAAAUAUUAUAUUAAGCAGGACAUUCAUACGAGUCUUAAAAUCCAAUUAUAAUCCAAAAGUAGUGUGAAAUGCACUCGUAAGCAACAUGUAAAUAGAGGCUUUUUUUUUUGCUGCCGUUGUGUAAGAACUCCCCCUUCUGCCACCAACUUGAGCGCAUCGCCCUUGUGCGACAAUGUUUGCAAACACAGAAAGUAGUCUAUAGAAAUGAAUGGUAAGUAAUGUAUUGUCAUUUUGGAGUCUCUUUCUUCUUCUUUUUUUUGUGUGUAAAUGAGAAUAGAAUGUUUCUAAACUCUUCUACAUUAAUGUGGAUGCUACCAUUGUGGAUAAUCAUGAAUACAUCUUGAAUCACGAUGAGUGAGAGUUCGAGGGAAAAAUAUCAUACACCCCCCAAAAAUUAUAACCUCCCCUGUUAUUGGUAAUGAUGAGAGGUUAGCAUGUUUUGGGGGUAUGAUCUUUAUGCCUCCAACUUUGUCACUCAUCAUUAUUCACGAUUCAUUCAGGAUUAUCCGUAAACAUGGUAGCAUCCACAUUGAAGUAAAAUUGUUCAGAAGCAUAUAGUUAUUUACAAUAAAAGUGAUUCUUAUUUACCAUUCAUUUCUAUUGGGCACAAAAUAAUCCGAAACUAAACCAAAACAAACUGAAAAUGCAUCUAGCAAGUUUGUAGUCGCAUGCUUGAUGUAGUCAUUGUGUGCUAGGAAUAUAGAACUAAAUAAUACUACACUUUUGACUACUUUAUUACACUGUGAAUAUGUCCAAGUAUCUAUGAUGCCUUCAAAUGGGGGGACUAGAUAAAUAAAAUGCUUACAAUUUAUAAAUGGUAAAACUGAUAUUUAUGAAAAGACCCUCAAAUAACAAGUUACAGUAUGUACUGUCACUUCAUAUGAAACAUUUGAUCUCAAAUCAAAAAUGCUAGAGUAUAGAGCCAAAUUAAAAGUUUUGGCUACACUGUCCAAAUAAAUAUAUAGGGGAGUGUAUGCUUGUAGAUAUAAACACCAAUAUCCUGAUUCUAUAAUGUCUGAAGGAUUCCUAUGCUGAUGGGCUAUUCUGUUCUUUCAAUACAGCCCCUUGACUUUGAGAAGAAUAACAAGUACACUCUUCUGGUCACUGUGGAGAAUGAAGUCCCAUUCGCCGUCAGCAUGCCAACCUCCACUGCUACUGUUAUAGUGAAUGUGGAAGAUGUAAAUGAAGCUCCAGUCUUCACCCCAGUGGAGAAGAUUAUCAAAACACCUGAGGAUCUCCCUGUUGACAGUGACCUGGUUCCAUACACAGCCACAGACCCAGACACUGCAAGGAAUCAGAAAGUCACGUAAGAUUAUAACUUCAUUUACAUUUUCUUAUAUGUUUUGUAAGAUUUGAAGAGGGGAACAUUAUUUUUAUUUUUUUUACAUUACAUUUACUCAACAGAUACAAGAUAGGCAGGGAUCUUGCUGGAUGGCUCAGUAUCAACAAAGACACUGGGCUGAUCAAAGUCAAGAGCCUCAUGGACAGAGAAUCCCCUUUUGUCCAAGACAACAAAUACUCUGUUAUUGUUCUGGGCAUUGACAACGGUACUUCAAUUUUCCCUUUCUCUAAUGUUAACUAUUAAUAUUUCAAGUUUAGAAGAUGACCACACCCUGAACUUCACCUUUUGAGUGACAUUGCUCUAAUUUGCAGAUGAAGUCCCGGCAACUGGCACUGGCACCCUUAUCAUAGAGCUGGAGGAUGUGAAUGACAAUGCUCCAACCAUUGACGAGAGGGUGAUUAGGGUCUGCAACAAGGAGUCCUCCCCACAGCUGCUGUCAGUCACUGAUAAAGAUGGCGCGGGCUUCGCUGCUCCAUACACCGUACAGCUUCAGGGGUCGUCCAAUUCUAACUGGACUGCCAGAAUGAAUGACACAAGUAUGCAUACAGUACUAUCCCCCCUUUAAAACAAUUGCGUUGUUUGAUGUUAAAUGUUACCUGUUUUCCAUUUCAGAGACUGGUAUUAUCCUGACACUGAAGACUAUGUUGGACAGUGGAGAUUACACAGUUGUCCUGAGAGUGUCUGACAACCAGGGCCUGCACCAGGACAGCACCAUCCAGGCCUCAGUGUGUGACUGCAAAGGAGCUGAUGUCCAGUGCAUCGAUAAAGCUGUAGCAGGCUUCGGCCUCUCUAGCAUUCUGGGAAUUCUAGGAGCCGUCUUACUACUCCUAUGUAAGUUGUUAAUUUGUUAAACCCGUUACUAAAGUGUUUGGUCAAUGCUGUCCUCGAAGCCUACAUAUGUAAUUGUUAAUAGACAAUGAAGUGCUAGUUUGUUGUGCUCCACAGUGUUGUCUCUUCUGCUGCUCAUGUUCCUGAGGAAGAGAGGUGGUGAGAAGAAGGAGCCUCUGCUGCAGGAGGACGAUGUCAGGGACAACCUCUACUACUACGACGAGGAGGGAGGUGGCGAGGAUGACCAGGUGAGGGGAGAGCACACCAGACUAGCUCAGAACAAGCCCACUAGGCUCUCCCAAUGGUCAAUUUAUUAUUGGGAUAUGCAAUGGUUUGCAAUAACAAAUCUGUCACUCAAUGUUUCUAAAGUUUAUGGUUCUGUAUGUUCGAAUCUUGGAAUAUAAUACGUGUCUGUACAUCUUUCCACUUUCAGGAUUUCGACUUGAGCGUUCUGCACAGAGGUCUGGAUAACCGUCCUGAUGUUUUCCGUAAUGACAUCGCUCCAACCAUGGCCCGGCCAGAGUAUCGCCCACGACCCGCCAACCCAGCCGACAUUGGCAACUUCAUUGAUGAUGUGAGUAAAGUCUUGAACUGAUUUAUACUGUGAGUGGAAUACACAGUUAAGAUCAUAUCUAGGUCGUCUGAAGAUGAUUUGUCAUUGAAAUAACUGGAUUUGACAUGGAUAAAUGUAGUUUAUGCUUGUUUAAAAUGUAUAUUCACCAAGGUGCUAAAAUGUAAUCUUUCUGUUCACCAGAACCUGAAGGCAGCUGACAACGACCCCACUGCUCCUCCCUACGACUCCCUCCUGGUGUUUGACUAUGAAGGAGGUGGCUCUGAGGCCGGCUCCCUCAGCUCCCUCAACUCCUCCAGCUCAGGAGACGACCAGGACUACGACCUCCUUCAAGAGUGGGGCCCACGCUUCAAGAAGCUGUCUGACAUGUACGGAGGAGGAGAGGAUUGAGAAGUCAGUCAGCCACUAAACCUUUCUGCUUGGCAAGCGUCCGGUUCUCUACACUUGAGUCUGUAGACUGAAGACACCUUCUUUAUUUCCCCUUUUAUGUGUUUCGGGCACAUCUACAUUUUGGCAAUUCGAUUUGUGCAGACAUGGGACCAUUUUUAGAAAAAUUUGUUCAAUGCUCGUCUUCAGCAUGGGGAGGGUGGCACACUCUUGGCUCUGCACUAGCAGGAUGUUGACAUGGAUUUUACACAGUUCAGCAGUGCUUUCUAAUGGACUCUUAACAACCCCAGAUUAUACUUGAAUUGAAUUUGCUUUGUUUGCUGGUUUUUGCUUCUAUGUUGGCAUCAUAAAGUUCUGUUUUUUUUUCUAUAAAGACGAUCCUUUGGCAUGAAAUUUAAGUUACUGAAAGCCAAAUCAGCCUUAGGAUUUUUUUGUUAACAGAGAUUAAUUAUCAAGCUCAAUAAAUGCUUUUUAAAAUGUUUGAUUUAACGUCUAAGUUUGGUAGUUUUAUUCCUUUUCAUUUUAAUCAUAUUAAGUAUGUUUUUUUCUUUUUGCUUCUGAAGAAGCACUUGUGAAUUCUUUUUUUUUUUUAUAAAGGAUAUCCCUUUGGUACAAUGAUGGACGUGAAUAGUUUUAUUAAAUAAAUUACAACAUGUCAGUCUUUUUUUUAUAUAUAUAUAUACAGUGAGGGA